AUGUACACAGCUGAUACUUCUUUACCCGCGGAGUUGAACGAUGUGUUUCUGAGGUGCAUUGUCUCAAACCCGACUAUACAUGACCUCAUCUUCGCGCAUUCCACACCAGCGACCGUCAUUCGCUUUUCUUGGACAUGCAAAGCAGCGCUGCUUGCCACUCGCUCAUACUAUCGGAGAGCAUACAACGUCGAUCGUCACCUCUCGCGGUAUUUCCGGGAUCCCCAAGCGUUUAGGACUCUCCAGGCACGCACGGCAACCCUCAUCUCAGGCUCCAGCGCUCUUCAAUUCUUCGACCGCACAUGCUAUCCUGAGUCUGACCUCGACAUCUACACACCUCUGCAAUUUAUGCGCGAGGUAGCGAAUUGGCUGCUUAGCGACGGAUACCGGUUCAUACCCGACGACACGCAGCCGGGCAAUCUUCCUGAUGCGCUUCGGCAACUACAAGGAUACGAUGCUGGCUUAGACACACGCUCUCUCGGAUUUUAUCGCAGGAGAGGGGUUCUGGGUGUGUACACGUUCUAUAAGACUACAGAAGACGACUGGGACGCAGAGGACAGAGCCCAGCCGCUCAAGGUUCAGGUGACUGCGGCCGCACGCAGCCCGGCCGAGGUCAUCAUCAACUUCCACUCCACAUGCGUGAUGAACGCCAUCAGCCAUGAUGCCGCGUAUUCGUUAUAUCCUCACGCGACAUUCGAGUCUCGCCUUGCGCUCGUAUGCCCUACAGAGGGCCCCGCGCCGGAUAGCGCCCUCGAGAAGUACGCCGAGCGUGGGUGGCACCUCGUGUGCGAGCGCCCCGAGGCUGAGGAGCCGCUGUUUCCAUUCGCGUCUGGCGCCGACGCCGAGACCCCGUCCAUCGUCGCGCGUGAACCGUCUUUCCUCCCGGGCUCGCGAUGGGCGGACGAUCACACGAGCUGGGUCAUCCCGCUUCACCCUGCCCUGCCGCUCCAUGUCCGCGCAGAAGCGAAGGCUGCCCCGUUUGCGAGCACGAACUGGCAGCUCGCGUACCAUCUGGACGACGACGAGUCUCCGUGCCCGAAGAUGCGCUAUUGCCUCGUCCGCUCGCCGCUGUUGAAACAUGUGUAUCUGCUCACGGACGAGCUUUUGCUCUUGGCUGUCUGGAGCGCACUGAAGGGCGUCAGGUCUGGUCGGACUGUCAUGCAGCGCGUGCUGGAUCGUGCGAAACAUAGACAGCCUGUAGAUUCUCCCAGGUAA